AUGUCUUAUCCUCACCCUUUUGAUCCUAUCACUGCCGCGGAAAUCCAGCUAGUCGUUCAAAUCCUACAGAAGAAUUUCCCCGGCGUACCUUUGAGGUACAAGCGCGUUGAUAUCCAGGAGCCAAUCAAGAAGGAAGUUGUUCCUUACAUUGAGGCAGAGCGCUUGUCCAAGCCACUGCCAGAGAAGCCGUCUCGGCUUCUGUAUGCCCUUUUCCAUCGGUUGGACGAUGGCUCGUUCUACAAGGCAUUGUUCAAUGCCGAUAAGAAAACGAUCAUUUACGCAAAGCAACUGCCAAAGCAUGUUCAGGGGCCCAUUGAUUUGGAUGAGAUGGAGGAGAUUGAGAAGCUUUGCUUGGAGCAUCCGGCAGUGAAGGAUGAAAUUGCAAAGAUGAAACUUCCUCCUGGGGUCACUGUUUGCACUGAGCCCUGGAUGUACGGCACAGACACCGCAGAGCAAAACCGACGUCUAUUUCAGUGCUAUCUAUACGUGAUCGAAAUUAACCACCCCGAGAACAACCAUUACUCAGUCCCAUGUCGAUUCUCACCUGUUUUCGAUGGAGUGUCACAUGAAUUAAUCCGUAUGGACUACCUCCCAACCGGACUUGACCACAGCGUUGUUGAAACGCAGCCUUGGAAGCCAGUCAAAACCGUCCAGUAUGCCCAUGCGCUACUCGAUGAACCAGUACGACAGGACCUCAAACCAUACAUCGUGCAACAGCCACAGGGCGCAUCUUUCUCAACUGAAGGCAAUCUGGUCAGUUGGCAAAAGUGGAAGUUCAGAGUGGGCUUCAACAGUCGCGAAGGACUGGUGAUUCACAAUGUGACAUACGAUGGCCGGAACACUUUCUACCGGCUUUCUCUCUCCGAGAUGACGGUACCCUACGGAGACCCACGUGCGCCAUAUCAUCGCAAGCAAGCCUUUGAUAUGGGCGAUGUUGGGUUUGGAAUUACUGCCAAUCAACUAUCCUUGGGAUGUGACUGCCUGGGAGUUAUCAAGUACUUCAGCGGGCAUACCGUGAACUCCACCGGCGAGCCUGUCCGCCUGGAAAAUAUCAUUUGCCUUCACGAGCAAGACAACGGUCUACAACAUAAACAUGUGAACUACCGCACAAGCACUGCCACUGUGGUUCGGAACCGACAACUUGUUGUUCAAAUGAUCUGCACUUUUGCAAACUACGAGUACAUUUUCGCUUUCAUCUUCGAUCAAGCCGCAAAUAUUGAACUCGAAGUCCGCGCAACAGGAAUUCUAUCGACGACACCAUUUGACAAUGAGAACGGAGAGACCCUUCCUUGGUCCACUAAUGUUGGCCCGGGAGUUGCAGCGCCGAACCACCAGCAUCUUUGGUCUUUGCGUAUUGAUCCCGCGAUUGAUGGAUUCAAAAACACAGUUUUCUACGAGGAUAGCGUCCCACUUCCCGUGAGCCAGGACAACCCGUACGGAGUCGGAUACGUCGCUGAAAAAACUGUGCUGAGAACAUCCGGCAGUGCAGAGACAAGCGUCGAUCGCAGUCGAGUAUUCAAGAUUUGUAACCCAGAUGUGACCAACCCACUUACACAUAAACCGGUGGCAUACAAGAUUCACACCGUGCCUAGCCAGAUGCUUCUUGCGCACCCAAGCACUUUCGGCUACCAGCGAGCUGGCUUUGCUACCAAGCCUAUUUGGGUCACCAAAUAUGACGACGGAGAACUCUAUGCUGCAGGCGAAUUCACAAAUCAAAGUACCUCUUCGGAAGGCGUCGAUGUGUGGGUAGCAAGAAAAGACCCCAUCGAAAACGAGGACGUAGUUCUUUGGCACACGUUUGGAUUGACACACAACCCAAGACCGGAAGACUUCCCAGUCAUGCCCCAUGAAAAGAUCAGUGUGAUGCUCAAGCCCGACGGAUUCUUUACGAAAAACCCCGCUCUUGAUGUUCCUGCUUCAACUCAAGGCUUCAACCAGUCGGUCUUACACCAAGAGCCUGCUCCUCAGGAGGGUUGUUGCGGUGGGAGUGGUAGUAGUGGAAACUUGAAAGCCAAGUUCUUCCGACGCAUUGACUAG